AUAUCAAAACCGCGCUACGGUACGGCAUGAUCCAUCCUUGCUUACACCAUCAGUUGUUUGGGAAUGAGCGGAUGUUUUGCUUGAAUUCGGAGAAACCAAAACGACCGCUUCCUUGCUAAUUUGCGACAACGCAUUCCCGAACCAAACGCUUCACCGUACGAAGCGAAGACGGACAGGAAGGAAAAACGGUCACAUCACGCCGGCUGGAAGGGUUGUGUGGUAGCCGUGAAAGCAACGAGGGAAGGGAAUAUUUUUAUAAUAUCCUUCGGUGUCUCAAACGUCCCAGCCCCAGCUACACACGACGUGUGAGGUCGUCAGCUAAAAAAAAAAACGGAACGUGUUCGACUUUUCACCUUUUGCCCUUAUAUCCGGUAUCCGGGACGACGGAAUGAAGUGUUUACUGAUGCGCCGAUAGCCUUCCCCGCCCCAGGAUACGAUUCUCUCGUUGGAGGGUUUAGAAUUACCUACAAACCGACCGACAUUCCCGGGCACGGCAGCUUCAGUGAGGUGUGUUGUGUGUGUGUGUGCGUAUAGAAACAAUCGAUCGCUACCCCGGUUUGCGUGGGUUUGUUUUGAGCAAACAUCAUUAGAGGCAACCCGCGCCUUGUGUGGAGGGAUAAAAAAGCGCGCAUUACAAAAUUGCUACCGGAACCGGAAGUUAGCAGUGCCUAAACAUCCUUCUUCCCCCCGCCGUCGCUGGUACACUGGUGGUGCCAACCACCUGCAGCAAGAUGACCGCCACCAGUACGAACGACCCGGCGGCGUUCGAUCACAUCGAAACGAUUGUCAUUGAGGGACAACCGACCGACAUUGUGUAUCACCGGUUUGCGAACAAACUGUUCCUUAUCAUCACGCAACACCAGAAGGUGGCCAACGUGUACACGGUACGGAGCCACGCGCACAACGAUCUGAGCGGCGAAGAGCAGACGCCGGCGGACGAUGGUUCGCAUCGGAUCUACACCAUCAAGCACACAUUCGGUGCCAGUUCGGAUGAGGCGGAAGCGGCCAUCCGGUAUCUGAUGAAAUUUCUGCAGCAAAGCGAAGAGAUAGUCAUUACCCUGGGUCUGCGGCAGAUCGAUAAAGCAACGCUGGAUCAAAUCGGUGCCCAGCUCCGGAAGAUUGUGCUGAAGUAGGAUGUGGAGGAGCGGGGAGGAGAUACAGAUAACCGUUGGCUUACUAUUUUCGUUCUUAGGAGUUUCUUAAAUAAAUACGUAUACGUUUGCCCGUUUUGUGCGCCACUUUGGAGAUAAACGUUAACGGGUAAAUCCGGGUCUCUA